GUCAUCAAUGACGUCAUAAACGUGAUCACGUGAUUUUUUCAUAGCAACAGCUGACACUUCAUCGCAUCGGUGAAUAUUAAAUACAUUUUAUGAACUGAAAAGAUGACAACACUGAACAUACACUGGGAUACACCACGGCCAUCUAAAGACCCGUCUUGUAACAAAGUCACCGACCUCUUGGGUCGGUCACACACUUCAUCUACAAGAGAGUCAGAUGCAGAGUGCGAGGUAUCAGGGACAGGACGGCGCUUCAUAAAAGAUCGUCGCCAGCGCGGAUACCCAGUGGACAAAGCCCUUGAAUCAAGGUCACCUCCAGCGGAGAUCGCCCGGGGGUCAAGGUCAUUUCCCUUGGAGAACGUGCACGUGUCCCGACCAGCAACGCCAAAGGCCGCCCAACACAAAGGGAAAGAUGGCGAAAACCCAUGCAUUGAACUGGACAUGUCCCGGAUGUCAAACGUCAUCGCCGAGAUGGAGCACACGUUCGCGCAUGUGGAGAGCACGCGCCUAAGUCUUGAAAACCGGAGGUGUGAUACCGGAAAUUACCUGUCGCAGAUACCCGCGUUCACACGGACACUGCUAAAACGCCUUUACUGCAUGCGAGAUGUGUACAGGCUAGGCACGGAGAAAGUGUUCCUGUCUGAGGCGCAACAGGACGCUUUCUUUGAGAAUCUCUUCAAGGUGUGUAAUAUCGUGGAGGCGAACAUGUCGACGGACGGUGCGUUGGUAAGCGAUCUCCUCGGGCAAAUCCUCCGCAACACGCUGUACGACGUCAUAGUCAACUUCAAAGAGAACCUGCCGGAUUGUAUAUAUGAUUUGAUAGAGAAGCGCGCUAAUUCUGCCCUUUGUCCAGAGCCUAGAUAUACUGUUGUCAAGCGAGGAACCACGACAGCCAAAGCUCCAACCCCGAACUGUAUACCGUCGGCCCAGACAGGCGACCCCGAUGCAAACAAAUUUAGCACGAGUGCUAAGGAGAUAUCCGGCGUUUUCCCGCCCGCCGCCUGCUGCGAAACUAUGGUUACGCAGAAGAUCAAAUGGCCGCUGCUUAACACGACUGAUCUGGAAACGCUAAAGAAAGAGGAACAAUUACAUUCCUUGAUGGCGGAAAUAGAUACCCUCCUCGAGGAUGUGGGUCUUUCGGACAGACGCACGGACGGUCUGACCUACGAGGUCAUCAUGGGGACAGACGGGACACAGGAGCCCGAAGGAAAGAGGCAAGAAAAGAGAAAAAUACCACGUGAUCGAGUCGCGGUUACCAAACCAUGUGAUCGAUUCGCGACGACGGCAUCACGUGAUCAAGUCGCGGCGAUUCGAGAGGGCGUUCGAACGCAGAAAAGUGCAGCGAAUUCUCGUGUUAUCAAGGCAAGAAAGCCGAAGGACGAACAGUUUACGGACAAGUUUUCAGAAGAGCUGGAUAAAUUGUUAAAUGAUUGUUAAUUUUUAAUGUUUCUUUUAAAUUUUGUUUGCGUAGUUACAACUAAGCUUACCUUAUAAGAGGGAUAUCACUGAACGUAUCGGCAUUAGUUAAAAAAUGAAAAAACGUAAAAUAAAAUUAGAUAUAUU